UUUAAAAGAAAAUAAUUGGCUUGUAAAGAACGUAUGGAAUGUGUCGAGUAUGUGUGUAUAGUGUCUCCACUUGGAUCUUUCUUACUUACUCCAUUAUCUUCUUCUCUCUCUUUCCCUCAUCUCAUUAAUGGCGAGCUCUACAUCUUUAGCGAUAGUUCUUCAUCAAUCUUCCAAUCAUGACGAACUCUUCAUGAAGCAAACUCUUCAAUUCUCAGAAACCCUCAAGGAUUUAAAGAAUCUGCGGAAACAGUUAUACUCAGCAGCUGAGUACUUCGAAACAUCUUAUGGCAAAGCAGAACACAAAGAAACAGUGAUAGAGACGUUGAAAGAGUAUGCAGCAAAGGCAGUAGUGAACACAGUGGAUCAUCUUGGUUCUGUCUCUGACAAAUUCAACUCUUUUCUCUCUGAUAACUCAACUCAUUUCUCCACCACUCAUCUUCGUUUAUCUUCUCUUGAACAAAGGAUGAGACUAUGCAGAGAUUACAUGGGGAAGAGUGGCACUCAUCAGCAUUUGCUUCUAUUUCAAUAUCCUCGCCAUCAUAAGCGUUACUUCUUCCCUCAACAAGGAAGAGGCACAAGUUUCUCUGCAGGAGAUGACUCACACCGGUUCACGAGUGCUGUUCGAUCAACAAUACUAGAAAACCUCCCAAAUACUGCAAGGAAAGCUAACAAGACAGGAAGCUUCUCUUUUGCACCUAUCGUACACAACAACAUCAACAACAGAACACCAAAUAAGAGAUCAAACUCUCCUAUGAGAUUCCCUCUCUUACGUUCAGGAUCUCUACUGAAACGUUCAAGCUCCCCAAGCCAACCAAAGAAACCGGUAUAUAUAGAUAAUAGCACUUACAAAGAUUAUUUUACUUCAAAAUUUCAACAUCUUUGGUUAGUUAAUUACUUUUGCUGCUAUCUUUUGUGUAUUGUAAAAGCCCUUAGCGUUACCGGAACCUCAAAGAGCUAUAUCUGUGUCGAGAAAUACAGAGAUAGUGGAGAUAAAGCAAUCUUCAUCGCGAAAAGGGAAGAAGAUUCUGAUGUUCAAGGCAUUGAUGAGUAUGAGCAAGUCGAGAAACUAAAAUCUCUCCUUGUAUUUGAUAAAUGAAAAGAUUUGUACAAAACUAAUGUGAAAUAAGAGAGAGAGAUGCUUAUUUUGUCGAUAUUAGUACUUUUCUUUCAGAUGCUUUAGUUGCAAUUCAACAGAAACCAUACGAAAACUAUUUUCACUGUUAGUUUCGUCACUUUCUUCUACACACCGCUCUUUUUAUCUUUGACUUAAGAUAGUCAAAA